UCCACCUCUCCGACUCAUCUCUUCUCGUAAAAAUCGUCGGCCGUUAGGUGACUAUUCUUGCUGAGAUAAAUCAAUUUCCAUCCAAGAAAAUUCAAGACCAACUUCAAGAAAAUCAAAUGGGUUUGUUAAAUUUGGCAUUGAAAGCAUUGAGAGUCGCAAAGAAAGCAUUGAUAGUGUGUUUCCUUAAGAGUGGCAGACUACAUUUGGAUUAUUACGCCGGUUUCAAUGGUGUGUUGUUUCUAUUUUAUAUAUGUACUCUUCCAAGCAUGAGCUGGCUGGCUAAAAUUGUACAUAAUUUAUCUGGUUACGCCGCCCAGAUCACACUUUUGGUCUCCUUUCUCGGUUUUAGGAGCAUUAGACUCUGGUACUUUCAUGGGGUUGCAUGCUGGAAUUUUCCCAUUCAUCAUGAGGAAGGAGAAGUCCUAAAAGAAUUGGUAGCUCUGAAACAUGAAACUCUGGCGUUGUUGAAGUAUAAGAAGAUAAAAACGAAAUGAGAACUCAGCAUGUUAAAAGGCAAUGGUGCAUCUUUCAUUUAGCCAAUUAGGGUUUUAAAAAUAAAAAACUUCGAUACAUAAUUUUUAGAUUAUAUUUAAAUUAUCUUAAGAUUCAAUUAGUUUUUAUCUUAAUUUCUUUUCGAUUAGUUUUUAUGAAGUUGGCAUGAAUGCAACUUUAGCAUUACAUGUCUUAUUUGUGUCAUUGUGAGUUAUUAUGAAUAAAAGAAUCCAAGUUUUGCCUUC